UUUAAAGAACUCGUGAGUUUUAUUUUUAUUUUUUAAGCCAUUUUAUUUUGGAGUAAAUACCUUGAUAUUUACAUUAUUAUUAUUAUUAUUGUUUUUACCCGAGCUCUGGGUAGUCAAAUAACGCCACAGCAGUGCCAUUGAGACCUUAUCGCAACAUCAAAAAAAAAGUGUUCUUUAUUUAAAUGACUAAGAGAUUACAGGCAGAUAUGGGAUGUUUGGAAAAGCUGGCUCUGGUUACGAAGGGGACCUUUUUAUUUCCAGGGCUUGGGUCUGUAGCUUUAAAGGAUUCCGUGUACAAAUCUAAAAUGCAUUAUGACAUGGAAUGACUGGCCGCGCUCACCUGCUCCAGAGCUAAAAAUGAGCACUUUAACCCUGAGGUCUGUAAAGGAAUCAGCUGAUCCCGGACGUUGUUCGUUGUAUUUUUUCGUUGCAAUCGGACACUGUAAUAGAAUAGAAAUGAAGAUAUUAUCCCGAUAGGACCGUGCUAGCCGGUAACACUGCAAUGGACCAGAUUUGGACAAAUCAGUUGGAUGCAAAUAGGGGGAAAUUGGCAUCUAUGUAAUUAGCAAAUAAACAGACUUUCCAAGAUGAAAAUAUCAUUCCUCAAAGCUGAGAUGGCUGUGUUGCUCCUGGUGUCUCUGCUGUGCCUGGUGUUUAUGUUCUUCAACGGGACGGACAACAACCAGCUGUUAAGGGAGGUGGAGAGGUCUCUUCCUGGAACAGAGCGGCCCUUUGAGAGCCAACACCCUUCCCUCGUGGGACAGCCAGUGUCUGACUGCAAGGAGAACGUCUCUGCAGCCAACAUCUCAGGGUUCUCCGGGCUUCCACGACACAUCCAGGACUUUCUCCGGUAUCAGCACUGCCGGAAGUUUCCUCUUAUGCUGGACGUCCCUGAGAAGUGUGGCAAGACAGCCCAAGAUUCGGCUGACGUCUUCCUGCUGCUGGUGAUCAAGAGCUCCCCUCCGAACUACGACAGGAGAGAGGUCAUCCGCAAGACCUGGGGCACGGAACGGAGGCAAAACGGGGUCUGGAUUCGCCGGGUCUUUAUUUUUGGAAACACAGAAAACCCCAGGGAUGCUCGCCGGAUGAACCGUCUCCUGGAGCUGGAGCAAAAGGAGCACCACGACAUCCUGCAGUGGGACUUCAAGGACUCGUUCUUCAACCUCACCCUCAAGCAGGUGCUGUUCAUGGAGUGGAUGGAGGUGAGGUGCCCCCACGUCCGCUUCCUCCUCAACGGGGAUGACGAUAUCUUCGCCAAUACAGACAACAUGGUGGAGUAUCUGCAAGGCCAGGAGGACAACAACGGGAGCAAGCAUCUCUUUGCAGGGCAACUGAUCUGGGGGGUGGGACCCAUCAGGGACAUCGGAAGUAAAUAUUACAUACCGGUUCAAGUGCAAGAGUCCAACUCCUACCCUCCUUAUUGUGCCGGGGGUGGGUUUCUGCUGUCCGGAUUCACUGCCAGGACGAUCUACAAAAUGUCCCUCAAUAUCACCUUGCUGCCCAUUGACGACGUCUACAUGGGCAUGUGCCUGAAACAGGCAGGACUGGAACCCGUGUCGCACAUGGUGAUCAGGACUGCAGGGAUGCACGUUCCCUCCAAGCAGUUAGACCCUUACAACCCUUGCUAUUACCGUGAGAUUCUGUUAGUGCACCGUUUUUUGCCUUACGAGAUCCUAAUCAUGUGGCAUGAAAUCCAUGACCCCCAACUUUACUGUAACAUUGGCCUCUAGGUGGCAGGCUGACCACGGCAUUGCACUGAAGCAUCAGUAGCCUUUCCCUUAUGACACAUUGCUUUAACCUCAAGAAUUAAUUGGGUGAUUUUUCAGGGUCUGUCACUAACCAAUCAGCUGUUUCCCCUAUUGACUGACAUGCUUUCCAACCAGAAAGAUACUUUGAGCCCACAGACGCUAUUUGAAACAAAUUGGGAAGUGCAAGGAUAAGCCAUUUCCUGGAAGACAAGGAGGGAGAGCUGAUUUCUUGUUUUUACAGAGUGUGGUGCCACAUAUCAUUAUGUCUACGCGGUCGCGCAGACAUAGUUAAGGUUUGAUCGAAGGUUCUGUUUAAAGUCGAUUUAUAUUUACAUGUUUUCUGGAAAAGUUUUAUGAACUUAUUUUGUUCCGCACCUCUAACGGGGAAAUUAAAAGCGCAGUGUCCCAAGCAGUUUUGAGAAUUUUUUUUUUUUAUCUUUGUAAGCCUGUGUUGAAAAUAUCAGAUGUCUUUUUGCAUUAUGAGUGAGGGAAGCAGGGAAGUGGGUGGAGUGGGUUGGGGUUGGUUGGUUGGGUUGGGUUGGGAUUUUAACUUGCAUAGUCUCUGAUCCUGCAGUUAUCAUUUCUAACCUUCUGUUGAUAUCAGGAGCUAUCUAUCCUACCAUACAAGCAGUUUGUAAGCUUGUGUCUCUAUUGCUAAAACCUGGGCAAUAUAAACAAACUAGUCGGUCAUGAGCUUGACCAGUUAACACCAAGCGUGUCUCAAACUGCAUUGCAAUGGGAAUUCCAUGUUUAAUUAUACAAAAAAAAUAGGUUUGCUCUUGCACUGUUUUGUAAUAUUGUUAAAGCUAUGAAGCAGUGUAGUGUGUGAAUUGAACUUUGAAACAGCUAGUAUCACGACUGUAGUAUGAUGCUGUUGACUGUACUUGGACAAUUGUGUAACGUGUGAUUACUUCUUUCUCAGGGAGAGUGGGGGGUGUGCAGGGUAUUCUGAAUUUGUGUUGGUGAUUUAUUAAACUGUAAUGCUACA